AACUUUCGAUGUGGGAUUCUGAAAUUCACGGCAAAUCCCAACACAUCUGGCUGUAGAGCAAAAUUCAACCAAACUUCUCUCCCAUUCUGAUGUUGAAUAAAGGAAAAGACAAUUGGUCUAAGCUUCAAUAGUUUCUGCCAACUCAAACUUCUUUGCAGAGAAUUAAGAGACUUACCAUAAUUAAUUAAGCAAAUCAAACUAUAUAGUGGCCUUGGGGAUAUUGUACACAAGAAUUUCUUCUUCAUUUGUGUUAUUGACCUUGAAAAUUGUUCACUAAUAGAGUUUCCUUUUCGUUUUUUUAUUCCGGGUUUUAGAGACGGUAAGGAUAAUACUAAAGAUGAAAAAGAUUUUGGCAAGCGAAACAGACGACAAUGGUCGGAGUCCACUUCACUUUGCUGCACAUUUAGGUUAUCGUUCAAUUGUGAAACAAAUAUUAGAAUGCGACAAAUCUACUGCCUACAUAGCCGACUUCGAGGGAAAGAUGACCGCUCUUCACGUGGCCGCAAGGCAAAGCCGUGCAUCAAUAAUGAAAGAGAUUAUCCGCCAUUGUCCAGAUUGUUGUGAACUAGUGGACAAAAGAGGCUGGAAUUUUCUGCACUUUGCUGCGGUUACUCUAUAUGGUCUUCCACUGCGUCGAUUCUUUGGAGAUGAUAUUGGUAUCAGAUAUGUAUCAAUGGAAAAUCUUUUAAGUCAGAAGGAUGAACAUGGCAACACGCCUCUCCAACUGCUCGUAACUUCUCGCCCUAAUCGGUAUGGAACUGCUAUGAUGUGUACAAAUGAUAAACUGGAACUUGGCAAGGAAAAUCUUACUAUGAAAGAGGAGGAACAAAUUUUGAAUUUGUUGGCAGAGCUUGGUAGUGGAGAGGUGGCAGGGGUACCGUUUCGUCCCAUACGACUGCAUAGGAGGGCUCCGUUUGGUUUCGAGAAAGCAACAGAGUUACAUUUAGUAGUGGCGGCGCUAAUAGCAACAGUAACCUUUGCUGCAGCAUUCACCAUACCCGGCGGCUACAAAACUGAAAAAGGCGUAGAUGAGGGCACUGCUAUCCUAAUUCGUAAUGCAGCUUUUAAUAUGUUUGUUAUCUCCGAUGCCAUAGCCUUGGUUUCCUCUCUUUUAGCUGUCCUCUUCCACUUUCUUAUGGCACGGCCUGGAUCUCAAAAGUCAUUUGCUGAAUAUCCCUACGCCUAUGGAUGCACUCUCUUUGCAGUUGGAGCAAUGGUGAUAGCUUUCAUUACAGGUGCAUUUGCGGUCUUAGAACCUUCCUUGGGGCUUGGUAUUAUCACUUGUCUCAUUGGCUCAAGCUUCUUUCUGGUUGCCCUUUGUGUGGAUAGAUCAUUUGCUUUGUUGGAUGUGUUUUAAUUUGGCAUGAUGAGUGGCGCAUGCCCAUAUUAGUUUGUUAACAUAAAUUUGUUGUUAAUAAUACUUGCCUUGAAGAUAUCUUUUAUUUUAGUAAAUUAAAUAUAAGAGUUAUUAUAUGAUACAUUGUAAGUAGAGUUUUUUAACUUCACAAAUGGAAUUGAAAAAUU